AUGAGCAACGCAUGGAGCACCUGGUGGAUUAUGGUGGAGAUUGCAUGCAGGAUUCUUGGCAUAUCUACAGCAACAGUGUCGGGUGCUGUGGGAGUGGAGACCCUGCAACAAGGAGACUUCAACAGCCUUGGCAUCUACCUGCUAGUGUCGUCUGCUGGCACCAUGAUAUUUGAGUUGGCCUAUUUCCUGGAUGCCCUUUUGCUCAUGUGCCUUCCCUGUCCACCAGACUGUCAUCUCUUUACAUUAUGGGGGAAGAUGGCUCAAGUGGGAGGCUUUCAGAAGUUCCUCUAUUACUCUAUAAUGUCUGUGGUCUGUUUUCUACAUCCUGUCUUGGUGUGGCAUGCAACUAUUCCAGGGGUCAUGCUACUAGUGACUGCCUUGUUCAACUUCAUACUCAGCAAAAAAACAAAAAAACAAGCUCCAAAAACACCACAAGAAAGUUACGUCGGCCAAGGCCCCACCAUGGUGUAUGUGACAGAGGGGGUCACCUCAGACGACACGCUCACCUUCCUCCACACAGCGACAGGAAAAAGAGUUGCCCAAGAAACCAGGGAUGAGUGCCACGAUCUGGCCGAGAGUGGAGGAGAGAGCUUCCGGGCUAUGCUGGAGCUGAAGACCACAACAAAAGGGAGGAAGGGGAAGGAGAGGAGACUCCUGUGGAUGAGAAGGCGGGAGGAGGUGGUAGAGAGAGAGAUGGAGGAGAUGAGAGAUUCUGAACCAGAAAGCACAUCAGACACUGCACCUAUGAUCACUGACUGA